GCUAUAAUAGGAAGUAAAUCCAUAAGAAUAGGACAAUACUGUUCGUAACCCUGGAUGAUGUGAACUUCGCUUGCGCUCCUAAAGAUAUCUAUCUAUCCGAGAAUAUAGUCAUACACAGUUAGGUGACAAUGUGACUGCAUAUACGCCGUAUUCAGGGUUACCAAGUGGGCUUCCAUGCGUAUCAGCCCGUCUAUGACUCCUCGCAACUGAGGUAUAAAAGGUAUCCAUUCAUUCCUGUCUCGAAAUCGUAGUUUAUAGUUUAUACUCAUCGGAGUCAAAAAUAUCAUUCACUUGCUAUAUAUUAUCAUCAAUUUUUCACAUCUCAAAAUGCUUGCUGGUCGCUUUAUUGCAACAGCCCGCAGUAGCGCGAGCGCUGUAAGAGGACGACGACGCAUUGCGUACUAUUAUCCUUACGGGCCCACAUCCAACUCGCAUCUAUCGAACCAAUCAACUCAAAUUACCGCUUCCAAGUUCUCGACUUCGAGAUCCGGCUUUUCAACUAAGAAGCCUGCCAACAACCCUUCGAAGCAACAGCAGCCCGAUGAAAUCCCACCCGCGGGCUUCAGCUUUGAAGGAUUGGGCAUGACCCGAAGGACCAAGAUCGCUGUCAUUAUUAUCAUAAGCAUAUUCGCUACGAUGGAGACUAUUUUCUAUAUCAGGUGGAUUUGGGUUUGGUACUCAGGUACUGAGAACGAUGAGACAGCGGAAAGCAAGGCUUGAGCCCAACUUUGCUGUCUCGUUUGGCUGCAAUAAGCCGAGAGACUUUUUCUGUCGCGCAGAGUACUACCUUGUAUUAUUAUUAUUAUUAUUAUUUAUUAUUAUUAUACUAAUGUCUCUGAGGAGACCAAUUCGCCGCUCAAUUCAAACCAGUUCAGCCCUUGCACUACUAUCCGGGGUGAUGGGGGGUUUUAAGCGAACUUGGAACUUGGAACUUGGAGAGCUCGAUGUUUGUUUGCACGCCUCGGGAGGUCUCCAUCGGACGUUCGUUCGAGUUUGACUUGGCUUGUCGGGUGCUGUCGCGUUCAGCCGUUGCACCGCUGCUUGCGCCAUCUGGAGCCCUAUUAAUAAGCCUUAUACAUACAUAGGCUCUACGAAAUUAGCUAUGGGGAAGCCUUAGAUGCUAGCGUUAUGCGUGGUGGUGGUGAGGGUACUGCGCGAUGCUAAGGGGAGAAGGUUACAACAUGCCUCGACGCGUUCAAAUUUCUUGGUCAUGUAUUUCAUAUGUCGUCUAAUAUAACAGAGAAUUCAAGUUAACAUAGAGAAGGUGACGGGAAGGGUGUUCAUCAAUGCAACUAAAAUAAGAC